AGUGUGGAUGGUUUUGCUCGUCUAUUUUCCUUAUGAUUAUAUAUAUCCCGAGCAGUAUGCUUACAUGCAGGAGCUCAAAAAAGCCUUGGAUGCCAAAGGACAUUGCCUCUUGGAAAUGCCAUCAGGUACUGGUAAGACUAUUUCAUUGCUGUCGUUGAUUGUUGCGUACAUGGUUGCCAACCCUUAUGAUGUCUCAAAACUGAUCUACUGCUCCCGAACAGUGCCUGAAAUAGAAAAAGUAGUAGAGGAGCUGAGAAAGCUAUUCACAUAUUACGAGAAGAACGAUGACAAGCUAAACAUGGUUGGGUUAGUUCUCAGUUCGAGAAAAAAUAUGUGCAUUCAUCCACAGGUGAGUAAGGAGCGAGAUGGGAAGAUUGUGGAUGGACGGUGCCAUGGGCUGACAGCCUCAUACAUCAGACAGCAGCAUGAGACUGAUAGUAGUGUGCCAGUAUGUCAGUACUACGAGGGGUUUGACCGAAUCGGAAGAGAGGUGCCGCUUGCUCCAGGAGUCUACAGUUUAGAUGACCUCAAGGAGUACGGUCGUGAUAUGAAGUUCUGCCCCUACUUCCUCACCAGGUCUGCUAUAAUGACCGCUAACAUAGUGGUGUAUAGUUACCACUAUUUACUUGACCCGAAGAUUGCUGAUGUUGUUUCAAAAGAACUGUCCAAGUCUGCAGUGGUUGUGUUUGAUGAAGCUCACAAUAUAGAUAACGUGUGCAUCGAUUCAAUGAGUGUUAAAAUCAACCGGCGAAUUAUGGAUAAAGCCGCAGCUAACAUCCAGGUCUUGGAGAAAACAGUUAAUGAGAUGAAGGAAGUGGAUGCCCAGAAGCUCAAGGACGAGUACACCAGACUUGUGGAAGGGCUGAGAGAUGCGAGUGUAGCGAGAGAAACUGAUGUUGUUCUGGCCAACCCCGUACUGCCUGAUCAGAUACUUCAUGAGGUGGUGCCAGGAAACAUCCGGAAUGCUGAGCAUUUCGUCAGCUUCCUCAAACGGUUUGUGGAGUACAUCAAGACACGAUUACGAGUGCAGCAUGUGGUACAAGAGUCCCCUGCUGGGUUUCUCAAGGAUGUGGCAAUGCGAGUGUGUAUAGAACGCAAGCCGCUAGGGUUCUGUGCAGAGAGGCUCUCAUCACUGCUGCGUACUCUGCAAAUUGCUGACCAGACAGACUUCUCUCCUCUCUCAAUGGUUGCCAACCUCGCCACCUUGGUGUCCACAUAUACACGAGGCUUUACCAUCAUCGUGGAGCCUUUUGAUGACAAGACUCCAACCGUAUCUAAUCCCAUCCUCCAUUUCAGUUGCCUGGACUCCAGCAUUGCCAUCAAGCCAGUGUUCGACAGAUUCCAGUCAGUGGUGAUAACGUCGGGUACUCUCUCACCACUGGACAUGUACCCCAAAAUUCUGGACUUUAAUCCUGUGAUCAUGAGCUCCUUCACCAUGACCCUGGCCCGUCCUUGUAUUUUACCAAUGAUAGUCUCAAAGGGUAACGACCAGGUAGCAAUCUCAUCUAGGUUUGAGACAAGAGAGGAUGUGUCUGUGGUGCGUAACUAUGGACAACUGUUGGUGGAGAUCAGCACCAUCGUACCAGACGGUGUCGUCUGUUUCUUCACCUCGUACCUUUACCUGGAGAGCGUAGUGGCCAGCUGGUAUGAUCAGGGAGUGAUAGAUCAAUUGCAACGACGCAAGUUACUCUUCAUUGAGACACAGGACGCAGCAGAGACCAGCUUAGCACUGCUCAACUAUAUCAAAGCAUGUGAGAGUGGCAGAGGGGCAGUUCUACUGUCAGUAGCACGAGGGAAGGUCUCGGAAGGGGUGGACUUUGAUCAUCACCUGGGCCGGGCUGUGCUUAUGUUGGGUAUCCCAUAUGUCUACACACAGUCCCGGAUACUGCGCGCUCGUCUGGAGUAUCUUAGAGAUCAGUUCCAGAUCCGGGAGAAUGACUUCCUGACAUUUGACGCAAUGAGACAUGCAGCCCAAUGUGUAGGCAGAGCUCUUCGUGGCAAGACUGACUACGGCAUCAUGGUGUUUGCUGAUAAGCGGUUUUCAAGGUCAGAUAAACGCAAUAAGCUGCCCAAGUGGAUACAAGAACACUUAAAAGAUUCUCUGUGCAACUUAUCCACUGAAGAAGCAGUUCAGAUAGCGAAGCGGUGGCUACGACAAAUGGCUCAACCUUUCAGCCGUGAGGACCAGCUGGGGGUGUCCUUGCUAACCCUGGAACAGCUGGAGAAGGAAGAUCACGAACGGCGGAACAGACGGACUGAGACCAUUGAGCGCACAACUGUAGAGAGGAUGAUGGUCGACGAGUGAGGGGUCUGGUGGCAUUACACUUACAGUUGAAUCAACUUGAGUAUGAGACUCAAACAGAAGAGAGUUUUGGUCCACCCCUCUUACCUCUUCUGGUGGUUUGAUAGAGUAUGAAAGAAGAGACCUUUUCUGUGAGAUAAAUAUCUUAAAAUCAAUUGCAUUGCUUAAAAUGUUUAAGGCAAUGUUCAAAAAAGGAGAAAUUAAUAUCAUACAAUUCAGAUUAGGGAAAAAUAAACUUUGAUAGUAGUUUUUAUCAAAACAAUAAUUAUAUUGAACUUUUUCCUAAUAGUUUUUAGAUUUCUAUUAAAUAAUAUUUUUUGCAUUAUUUAAUUGCUAAGAGCAACGUGUAUAUAGAUGUUAUUUAUAGUAUUUUAUUCAUAGAGGCUACAGUGUAAAAAUAUUGAUACAUUUUGUAAUAAAUCAUUUUAAAAUUAA